AUGCAAGAGAAGCGAGCUCAUCGAAAUGAAAUGCAACGUGCAAGGUACCAUGGAAGGAAAAUUAUUAUUAACAAAAGUAGGCGAGAGACCCAACACACAAAUCUUAAGCAAGCCUCUACAUCCAUAUUUUCUUCUUCCCAAUAUCCAACAGAACUACAAACACAUGUGCCUCAACUUGAACAUACAAGUCAACCUAUCCCAAUAGGUCAUAUGCAUACACCCCCAAAUUUUUCACAAAAUUAUUGCAAUGCUAGAAACAAAUUUCGCUCGACGUUGGACAAACUUUCAAAGUUUUCAACAUGUCUAGUUUGCAUGGAAAAAUAUCCAGGAAUUAAAACUAGACAACAAAAUGGAAUUAAUACUUGUUACAGAUGCGCAUCAGAAAAAAAUGGCCAUCACUUCUCAAAAUGGAACAACAUGGACCCCGGUGAACAACCACACUGUUUGCAAAUACUAACUCAAGUUGAGGAGAUGUUGAUAGCAAGGGUUAGUCCUGUCCUUCAGGUAACUUAUGCAAGAGGGGGGCAACUCAAAUAUAGUGGACACACUAUUUCUUUUCCUCAAGAUAUUUCAGCAAUUGUAUCCCAUUUGCCUAGACGUGUAGAUGGAUUGGACAUAAUAAUAGUUAACAGGAAAACCAGUAUGCAACAACAAUACAACUUCUAUGUAAGUAGAGGACGUGUUUAUGAUGCAUUGCAAUAUAAGAUAUCAUAUGACCAAUACUACAAUGAUGUACAAGUAGAUAUCGCAGCAUUAAUAUCCUUACCCCUUAACCCCACAGACAUAUCUAGCCUUCUACAUGCAACAACUUCAAAUCCAGAUCCCAUUGAUAUGAGCUUCAUGCAAGAAAAAAGUAAAGGAGAUGAUCCAUUUGAAGAGAAUUUGGAGACAACUACUUCAUUUGUGGCUAACCUUCCACCGUCAUGCAGAGAGGUCGAAGAAGUACGCUCCUUAUUACAACUAGGCAAAGGAAGACCACCUCCUAUAAUCCAAUGGCCACCCAUCUCCCCAUUUCCCAUUAAUGAAUACAACACUGAAGGAUUAUUUGUGAUGUCAUUCCCCACUUUGUUCCCAAAGGGUACAGCUGCAUUCAAACAACCACGUCCCAAAGAUGUUAAGCUACAUGAGUAUGCUCUCCAUCUCCUGCGAUACCAUGAUAACAGGUUCGGACAACACCCACGAUUUAGGUACUUUAUAUUGAAUAUAAUUAUGCGGCAUCGAAGUCAAGCCACAUCAUCUAUUUUUGUUCAAAAGCAAAUCCAUGAUGAACUCCCUGCAACAAUUGGUGCCCUUCGUCAAAGAUUAAAGGACUUUCCUGAUGACAAGCUUGCUAAUCAACUUAUGCGUUUUAGCUCAUCAAUUCGUGGUACGAAACCAUUCUGGAACCAACACAAAAGGGAACUUAUUGAUAUGGUAAUUCAAAUUGGUUUCCCAACACUAUUUUUCACACUCAGUGCAGCAGAUACAAAAUGGCCAGACUUACAUACAAUCAUGCCAUCCACCACACCAACAAAUCCGUAUGCGGCUUCAAAGUGGCGGAUACAAAAUAUAGUUCAAAACCCCCACCUUACUGCACUCUACAUGCAUCAUAGAUUCACAACAUUUCAUGCCGAGGUCUUGGAAAAACUUCUUGGCGCAACUGACUACUGGUACAGGUAUGGCUCUGCCAAGUUUUACAUUUAA